UGCUAAGAAAACGCUGUUUUUUAAGGGAAACCAAGGUUGUUGAGGUCUGUUGUGGGCAUAGCAGGUGGAAGGUUGCUGUUGGUUGCUGGGUCCUGUGGAGCAGAGGAGUUGUCAUUUCCCCCCUUUGUCCUCUCAUGUUCUCCCUCCCUUGUGUGUGUUUCCCCUGUGUAUUAGUGCCCCCCCCCACCCCUAUCCACCCUCUACCUGAUCCCUCUUGCUGUGUUGCCACUCAAGCCUGAAGCCCCCCUCUCACUCCAUGCUUGGAUUAAAGCCAGCUCACUGCCAGCCCAAUGACUGCCUGGAUCGUCCUGCCUGUCAGCCUGUCUGCCUUCUCCAUCACAGGAAUAUGGAUUGUGUAUGCCAUGGCUGUGAUAAAUCACCAUGUGUGUCCUGUAGAGAACUGGUCUUACAAUGUAACAUGCACAGAGGAGCUGGCUCGACCAGGCUUUCCCAAGACAUGCUGCACCAUCCAGGACAUCCCCCUUAUCAGUAAAUGUGGCUCUUACCCUCCUGAAAGCUGCCUGUUUAGCCUGAUUGGCAACGUUGGAGCCUUUAUGGUGGUGAUGGUCUGCUUUCUGCGCUACGCCCAGGUGAUUGAACACAGCCACCGAUGUUGGGUCAACACCAGCGCCUUGGUGUCGGGCUGCACCAACGCCAUCGGUCUGGUUAUGGUUGGCAACUUCCAGGUGGAUCACGCCAAAUCUCUUCAUUACGUGGGUGCCGGUGUUGCAUUUCCAGCAGGGCUGCUGUUUGUGUGCUUGCAGUGUGUGCUCACCUACCGAGUGGCCAUGACCACCCUUGACUACUGGAUGGCCCAUUUCCGAGUGGCUCUGGCACUGGGAGCCAUGAUCUCCCUCGUCCUCAGUGGCAUCUUUUUUAUCCAUGAGAGCUUUAUCCUUCAGCAUGCAGCAGCCAUUUGCGAGUGGGUCUUCACUGUGGACAUCCUGGUCUUUUACGGCACCUUCACUUACGAAUUUGGCACUGUCUCCAGGGAGACCAUGAUGGCAGGCCUGCAGCAGAGCCACCACGGUUCAGGGGUCAUCAUCGGCCCCGGGUCUCGAGGCUCAACGUUGGGCAGAGCAACAAAGGGGCUCAAGUCCCCUGGAGGAAGCAGCACUUCCACACAUCUCAACUGUACCCCAGAGAGCAUAGCUAUGUUGUAGCUCUACGUCGCAGCGUAAAGUCCUGAAAAUUCGCUGCGGAGGUGCUUCAUGGGCUCCCAAAGCAAAGCAAGUUGACAGAUUCAGCAUAUGGAGGGAGAAAUCAACUUCCUAUGUCUUUAACCUUUAAACCAACAGCAGGCAUUUUCUUUGGUAAUGUUAUAUGAUCUUUUCCUUUGACCCCUGCUGUCAGUGCAGGCUGCUACAGUCAUUUACUUUUUCUUGGAAGGGGGGUUGAAUGUAUGGAGCCAGCCUGAGAACUGGAACCAUGAAUGUUUUCUGAGAUUGGUGUUUAUAAGGGUGUUUCUGCAUGAGAAUAGGGUGUUGCCUGAAAGGUAAUCAUUUUUCAAAACUGUGUCACAGGUUCCUUGAUAAAAAGAAAAAGUUCCUAAAGCCCACAAAGUUUUGUCCCCCUGCCCAACAACCUGACUCUUCUCUCGAAUGCUUUGCGUGGCCCACCUGUUUUAGCUUUUUGCUUACCUCUGCACGGCACACCUCCCAAAUGGAGUAACAAAAAUUUAUGUUGUAAUUUUACAUAGUAAAUAGAAAAUAUUGAAUGUUUGAGAAGUGUAUAAGUAAAGUAUGUUUGAGCUGUUCAGUAGACAGCCUCCUUUUAAAUCAAUCAGACACAAAUUAUCUAAAAGGUAUUUAAAACAUAAAACUCACCUGACAGUUUUGGUAGGUUGCACUGAUAGUUUGAAUGCUAACGUCAUUUUUAAAUGAGUUUACAUGUCGGUCUCGAUCAUUUUUCAUGCGACUAAAAGCAAACUAUCCAGGUCUUUUCUGUUGUAAUGAACCAUUUUUGCGAGGAUCAGGUAAUCUCCUUUAUCAUUUCAAUAUCCAACAUAAUGAAAGAUCUGAUGGAUUAUUUACUAACUGACAUUUCAUGUUACCUUUUUUAUGUCAUAGAUCUCAUGUCUGAUGCAAUAACUGCCAUCAAUCAUUCAAUAAUUUAUGCUCCACUGGAGUGAAUAAUGCCUUUUUCAGUGUGUUGAGUUGAGCGCAGAGCUCUUGUUCAGUAGAUGGAGUGAAGGACGUUUGAAGUAGCCUACAGCACAUCUAAUAAAUGUAACCAGUGGGUGUGUGAAGGUUAAAAGUAUAAGCCGUUGAACGUAUUUACAAAAUAAGUUGUCAACACACUGAUGUAGUUCCAGGCUGGACCUUCGGAAGCCUUAUUUGAGUUUAAAGUCUUUUCUAGUAAGUAUGAAGUUCUCAGAAGUUUUAUGGAGAGUGUUUGUUCAGGAGGAAUGGUUGAUAUGUUUGCAAACCUCACAGUAGUGUCAAAAAUUACAACACGACACUACCAUACAGGAUGCAGACAUCAAAUUGAACUAUUUCUUCUUUUCUUUCUAAGAUAAUUUCUGUUGCCAAUUUUUCUGUUUGUUUCUUUUGUGAACUAGCUGAAUGCCAGACUGCCACAAACCAACACUGCUCAAACUAAAGCUAACCAAUGCCACAAAAUGUAGUUUAUACCUAAGCUUCUGUUAAAGAAGCUUAGCAGUUUCUUCCUGAUAUAUUUCAUCAAACAUAUAUCCAACAGUAUUUUUCCUUUUGCAUAGUCUUGAUAUAUUUCAAACUGUUUGACACACUGGAUGCCAGCAAUACAUGUCUUUAAAAGGUCACGUCUCCUACCUCUUAUCUUUUGCGGGUUUGAUGUUUAAAAGUGAAAGCUGCAGAUUCAACAUGUGCUCUAUGUCAGACUGACUUGAAGAUGAAAGUGUCUCAUAUGAUGGUGGUUCAGCAAUCCAAAGCUCGCUCCACAAGUGUCAGAACAUGACAAGAGCUGGAUGUGCUGUCACAUGUACUGUCACACAUGCUGCAUAAUCACAUGGCAGUUUUCUUUCUCUCUGUUUAAAUGAUCUACUUUCUAUUCUUUGUGAGACUGCAGUUGUCCUGUCUUGUUCUGCAGACAUUGCCAAAAAAGAAUGAGAUCUACUGGAGUCUUUUUUUUUCUUCUCCGAGGUGUAUGAAUUGCUCUAAGUUCACGGUUUCAGCCUUAUCCCUUUUACUUGGCCAUAACUCUUUUGUGUGUGUUUAACUUAUUUUCUGCUGUAGCCUUUUUCACCUGUAACCAAGUCACCAUGUGUGACUCCAAAUGGCAGCUUGUGUGAGCCCUCACAUCAGGGUUGGAACAGCUUCUCACCAUCCUCCACAUGCCAAAUAAUACAUUGAAAGGUGUUUUUUUUUGUUUUUGUUUUUUGGUUUCUCUCUCUGCUUUUUUGUUUGGGAAAAAUAUGCACUUAAAUAAGGUAUAAAAUGGUAUGGUUUGUGGUAGAACACCGAACUCUGUUUUGAAAAAGCGUCUGACCUACACGUCUUGAACUCUGAACAGCAACACAGAUACAAAUGUCUACAAAAUGUACUGCUCCUGUUUCCUUUAAAUUUGAAAACUAUGUUACAGAAUGAUAAAGGAGGUGUCAGAAAUCCCUGAAACAAGUAAACACAAAAUAUUUUGUUUCCUUUUUAUAAAUUCUGUAAAUAUGUAUGAUUUGUCUAUCAUUUAGGUAUUUUCAUUUGAAAGAGAUUUAUAUUCAAAUAUGAAAUAAAAAUAAAUUAUUA